GCGAACCCAUAUCCCGGCGUCCCCCGCGCGCGUCCUUCUCUUCCGGCGCCAAGAUGUCGAAGCGAGGACGCGGCGGUUCCUCCGGUGCGAAGUUCCGCAUCUCCCUGGGUCUCCCGGUGGGAGCUGUGAUCAACUGCGCCGACAACACAGGGGCAAAGAACCUGUACAUCAUCUCUGUGAAAGGCAUCAAGGGGCGUCUGAACAGGCUGCCGGCAGCUGGCGUGGGUGACAUGGUGAUGGCUACUGUCAAGAAGGGCAAGCCAGAGCUGAGGAAGAAGGUCCACCCAGCAGUGGUCAUCCGGCAGCGGAAAUCGUACAGGAGAAAAGAUGGAGUGUUCCUUUAUUUUGAAGACAACGCAGGAGUGAUAGUAAAUAAUAAAGGUGAAAUGAAAGGCUCAGCAAUCACAGGCCCUGUGGCUAAGGAGUGUGCGGAUCUGUGGCCCAGGAUAGCCUCCAAUGCAGGAAGCAUUGCAUAAACGUGUUCAUCUUCAUAGAGAUAAAAUAAAACUCCUUGUACCAAAUAAGAA